AUAAAAGCAGUGACACUCAAGGCACAGAGAGAUGCGAGUAAACUUAAGAGGUAAAGAGGUCUGUUCGUCAUAGCCUGCCUAUUUGGUGAACUCACUGUGCAGUGGCUGCACACUGUACCCUACCUACUUAUGGAAAGUGAAGACUUUGAGUUUGUGGAGCCACUCACACAGUCUGUCAACACAUCAGGCAUGAAUGAUUCACUAUUGAACCUGGGUUUGAAUAUGUCAGAAGUUCUCGUGCCUUUCGCCAACAGCUCGUCUCGUGAUUUGCGCCUGGACUAUCGCUCUCUCAUCACUUCGGCCACUAUGUUUGGCUUCGGAGUCCUCGGAAACCUCGUGGCGAUCGUGGUGCUUUGCAUCUCCAAGAAGGAACAGAAAGAGACCACCUUCUACACUCUGGUGUGCGGGAUGGCCAUCACGGACCUGCUGGGCACCUGUUUCACCAGUCCGGUGGUCAUCGCCACGUACAUCGCGGGCAGGUGGCCGGGCGGAACGCUCCUGUGCCAUUUCUUCUCCUUCUCCAUGCUGUUCUUCGGCUCGGCUGGGAUGUCUAUUCUGUGCGCCAUGUCAGUGGAGAGAUAUAUGGCCAUAAACCACGCGUACUUCUACUCUCAGCAUGUGGAUCGGGCCAUGGCUCGGUUCGCGCUGAUGGCGACGUAUCUGGCGAAUAUCGUGUUGUGCAUCAUGCCCAGUUUUGGUUUUGGAAAGCACACGAGACACUUUCCCGGAACUUGGUGCUUCUUGGACUGGCGCGCCAUGGACCCCGCCGGUGCCUCGUACACGUUUCUGUACGGAGGUUUCAUGCUGCUGUUGAUCGCCAUCACUGUCCUGUGUAAUUUCGCUGUGUGUCGUUCACUGGUCGGGAUGAGUAAAAUGAGUCGCAUGGUGAGGGCAGAGGUAUCCGGCCAGCGCAGGUUCAAAUUAACAUCUGCGGCGGAGAUCCAGAUGUUCUGGCUGUUGAUUUUAAUGACCAUCGUGUUCCUAGUGUGCUCCAUCCCUUUAGUGGUGCGCAUUUUCGUCAACCAGCUGUACGAUCCUGCUCACAUAUCAUCAGGCAGAAGUCCAGACUAUCGCAGUGAUCUCCUGGCCAUUCGGUUCGCCUCCUUCAACCCUAUCCUGGAUCCAUGGGUGUAUAUUCUGUGCAGGAAAAACUUAUUAACUAAAGGUUGCACGCGACUCAAGCGUAUGAUCAGACUGGGGAAAGGGGAUCAUAGUCAUGUUUCGGGUUGGAUGGAUGGUCAGCAUUCACCUCCGUCAUUUAUGCAAAGCAACUACACAAGUUACGCAUCGUUGCGCACAGCCACCUGUAGAAACGACGUGUGUAAACAGACCUUCACAAACACUAAGUCUUAUGUGGACUUAACCCUUAGGCAGGCAUGGGACUUUGAUACAGCCCUGGCUGAGUUUCAUCCUUUCAGGGUCGAGCAGAACGGUGUCAUGGGUUUUGAUGAAGAGGAAAGAGCAUCAAGCCCCAAACUCCUCACCAAAAUUGUUGUGGCUCCACCAGCCGCUGAAAUAUUAGAAAAUAAUAAAGCUGAAAUAGUGACCUGCACGUUCAGUACACCAAGUUCAUGUGUGUCAGAAAAGUGCAUGAGACAAUGACCUUAAUGCCAAUCUAGAUUUAAUCUGUUAAAGGACAACUCCGGUGCAAAAUGAACCUUUGGUCUAAUAACACAUUGGUACCUAGUCAACCGUUUUCUGAG